GUAGGGAUGUCAAUCCAGCCCGAAACCCGUGGGCCGACCCGAAUAACCCGACAAAAGUAGAGGGUUAGGGCUGGAAAAUUGCAACCCGAUAACAAAUCGGGCUUAUCGGGCUAGCCCGUUCGGGCUGGCGGGUUGAAGCGGGCCAGCCCGUCGGGUUGUCGGGCCAGCCCGUCGGGCUAUUGAAUUUUUUAAAAAAAAUGGGAAUUUAAAAUUACAUUUUAGGGUUAUGCACAUAUGUAUGCUGAUAUGCUUAUCUGCCGCCUCCAUUCUUCAUCUUUCCUACUCAAUUCAAAUCCGCCUCGCCUCCGUACAUCAGCCGCGCCGUCCGGCGUCCGCCACCACCACCACCAGACAGCGUGUCUCCGCCUCCGGCCUCCCUUCACAACGCGGCUCCCUUACGCCACUGCCGACCGGUCUACCACCGACCCGGCACCAUCGCGCCUCCACUCUGCUCCCUCUCCCACCGCCGGUCCGCCGCGCCUCUUCUCACCUGAGUUGAGCCGCUACCACCGCCGUCUGCAGCUGCUUCUAGUCCGCUGCAUUGGAGCACAUGUUUUGAACAAGUACAGGAAUAGGCUUCUUCCCGAAAGAGUUCAAGCUCUUAUUUGCACACGUAAUUGGUUACAUGGAUAUUCCGAUGAUUGUGAAGAUGAUGAGCAAGAAGACAUGGAACAAGUUGGAGCACCGAAUGUUAUUAACGUUGAAGAAGAUUGUUACUCAAACAUUUAGACUUUAUAUAUUUAAUAUUUAUGUAUAUUUUAUACAUUAUACAUUAGAUCAUUAGGAAUAAUGUAAUACAAAUAAUAAUUUUAUUUUUACACCUUUAAAACCUCCAACCCGAUGGGCUAGCCCGAAACCCGAACGUUUAGGGUUAGGGUUGGAGAUUUACAACCCGAAAAAACCUCCAACCCGAUUAGCCCGCACCCGAUUAACACGGAACCCGAUAGGGCUAG